AUGUCAGAAGAACAAAACGAGCAGAUGGAUUUAGAUAGCAAUGAAAAUAGAGAAGAAAGAUUAGCUGUCACAGUUGAAGAAACUAAAGAGCAGCCACAACCUCAAUCUAUACAAGAACCAUUAAUUCCUCCUCAAUCUCCUAUAACUUCGAAUCCAGAAAUCCCUUCAUCUCCAGCACCAGAUCAAACUCCCCCAAAGCCCUCCCCAGAGCCUCAAACAUUUCUCCCAAAAGAAUUCUCCGCUGACGGGCUCUAUAACCUAGCUGCUUUUAUGCAAAUGCAAGGCAGAAUUUCUACUGACGAAUUUACUUAUUUGCAUAGGAUUUCAUUCUUGCUCAGAUCUACAGAGCAAAAGCUCGAAGCUGCCUCAGAAAAAAUCCAAAAUGCCCGUGCCAUUCUAGACGAAGAUUUACCUCCUUUAACUCAAGCUGAUCGGCAGCAUCACAACAAUCCUCAAGGCCAACAGCUGAAUGUUAUGGAGCUCUUUGAAGUUUUCAAAGCUAUGAUGAUUCAGCAAUCAAGAGAACAGCAAGCUCAUCAAGAGCCUCCAAAAAGUUUUUUAAUUAAAAAAGGAGAUGAGCAUGAAAUUAAAGAAAUUCAGGAACGAGAAGAAUUAGCAAAGAAGGCAAGCAUUGUAGGAAGCUCACAGUCAAUAGAAACCCAAGCUAUUUCUAAAGAAGAAAUGGAUAGAAGGAGGAGAGAAAGAGCAGCGAUGCUACAGAAACAGCAGGAAGACUCGUUGAAAGAAAGAGAAGAAAUGGAAAGAAAAGCAAAGGCAAGAGAAGCGUUCUUUAAAAAUGAUGGGACUUCGAGAAUUGGAAGACCGUAA